AUGGCAACCACGACGCAUGAGGAAUAACUAAAGAUCAGGACUUCGAGAAAAAGCUGACACGGUAACGAGCCAUCCAUCCUAUGCAAAGCACAGUCACUCACCUGCAUUCAUCGGCAUGAACCCACAUAAUAUGUAGCAGUAAAGAGCCCAAAGAGUCCACAAUCUGUCACAGUGGACACACCAAGCCAGACAUUUCCAGUUACCUCUGCCACGGAGUGGUAGACGGAGUCGUCACCCAUUUGGUAUCUGGGAUCGAACCCUUCCAUCUCCCUGCAACAGAGCUUCUACCCUCGUUUUUUACGGUCUCGAGGACGACGAACCCCACACUCGGCCCGAUCCGGUUCAAACAUCUGCCGGAGUUUAUCCGGUUCGGACCGGCAAAUGGGUCGACGGUUCACUUAGAGGGCGGCGGCGAAAUAGCAAAAGCGGGGGCGGCAGACGGCGGCGGGCGGCGGCUGUUUUCCGGACUGCCUCUGGCUCCGCCGUCGACCGCUCCGCGGGAGGGAAGAUGUCGGCGGUAUAUGUCCUGGAGCCUCCAACGAAGGGGAAGGUGGUGCUGAAUACGAAUAUGGGUCCAAUUGACAUAGAGCUGUGGCCUAAGGAGGCUCCCAAGGCCGUCAGGAACUUCGUGCAGCUCUGCCUCGAGGGCUACUACGACCGCACGAUAUUCCACCGCGUCAUCAAGUCUUUUCUCGUCCAGGGCGGCGACCCCACUGGCACUGGAACCGGUAAGCUGCCUGCAAGCUAUCUCUUUAAUUAUCUGCCCGCAUCCCCACCCCCUCCGCCACUCUCUUGGCUCCAAACCCUACUUCCUCCGUGUUUCGGGUGCAGGCAUCUUGUAGUCUCGAUCAUGAUCCUUUCUUUCCGUCGAGCAAGUGAUGAAAAAUGUAGUUUUAUGAAGGAACUCGCUGAAAAAUUAUUCAUCUCAUUCUCCCAUAGAAUGUGGAAGAUGGAAGCAAGAAUUCCAGAUAUACGAUUCCAUAGAAACUUUACAGGAUGUACAGCUUAAUCCCUUCUUUUUUUUUCUUUGGAUAGACGAUUGACAUUCUAGCCACGAAUCAAACCAAAAUCAUGGUGCUAACGUAGCAGUUGCAUGAUUGAUUAGACAUUGGACAAACCUGGGAGAUCGACUAUUUGGAGAUAGGUUUGACGCUGGUUGGUCUGAUUUUUUUUCAAGAAUGUAUAUUCCAACAUUUAGUUGGACAACAUCGUACGCUUAAUUGUUCGGCAUUCAAAAGCUAAACGAAAUUAUAAUGAUUGGGUGCAUUGAGUGAUUUAGACUUUUUUUUCCCCGCUUACAGGUGGUGAAAGUAUUUAUGGAGAUGCAUUUCCUGAUGAAUUUCACACGCGUCUGAGAUUCAACCACAGGGGAUUGGUCGCUUGUGCAAACGCUGGAUCACCGCACUCCAAUGGAAGUCAGUUCUUUAUGUCACUGGACCGUUGUGAUUGGCUAGAUCGAAAGAAUACCAUUUUUGGAAAGGUACUGUCCUUCUUCUAA